AUGGUGGGUGGACUGCUCAUCAUGGGAUUAGCCAUGGUGGACUCUCUGGAGUGCUAUGCCUGCGAUUCCGCCGAGGAUUCGCAGUGUGCCACGCGGCCGGGCCAGCAGCUGGAGGUGGAGGAGUGCAGCCAGGCGAACGACGAGUGUGUCACCUCCAUAUCGGCGGGACUGACGCGACGCGGCUGCCUGGCGCGUCUCUAUCCCAAUGGCUAUUGUGCCGCUCCCUGCGACCGCUGCAAUACGAGUCUGUGCAAUCGGCACGUUUAUCCCACGGAUCGUUUGCGCUGCUAUCAGUGCAGCGGCUCGGACUGCAUCGAUGUGACCGGUCGACCGCAGUAUCUGCUGCCCUGCCCCAUCUACAAGGAGGCCGAUAGAUGCUACACCAACGUGGUCCACAUGUCCAACACCCUGCGGGGCUGUGUGGGCACCAAUCUGCCGGAUACCUGUCCUCAUGUCUGCCUCAAGUGCAACUACAACGGUUGCAAUGUGGAGAAGACCGUCACGGAAACGCGUUGCCUGCAGUGCUCCCACAAUCGAUUGGCUCCCAAUCCGGAUUGCCUGAGGAACCAGGCGGAAUCGGACGACGAUGCGCAAGCGAAGUGCUCGUUGGACAACGCCACGGUCACGCAUUGCGUCAACAAGGUGAUGUACGGACACCGGGAGAAGUGCUUCAGCUAUCGGAACACCCAAACGGAGGUCGUCCAGCGGGGCUGCUCCACCGCCAUGGGCUUCUAUCCCACCGGCGAGCUGAGCGAGUGCCACGGCGAACUCUGCAAUGCCAAUUGCCAGGACAUCGUCUGUGCCGCCUGCAAUUCCACCGCCGAUCCGGGCUGCCGGGCGGGACGCAAUUUGCCAACCGAGAAAUGCGCAGCCGGCACCACGGCCUGCUAUUCCUGCGAGCAAGAUUCUACAUAUGACCACUGCCCUAUUUUUGCAGAUACCUUCCUGCGCCGUGGCUGUGCGGAUGGGAACUUUACACCUGCUGCCCUGGGCGACAGUUGCCAGUUGUGUCGGGAUGCCGACUCGUGCAAUCGGUACUCCGUGCGGAGUUGCUACCGCUGCAAUGCCCAGGAUGAGGACACGGAUUGUGCGGCCAUGGACCUGCCCUCGGCGAUGACCACCAGCAAUUGCUCCAGCGCCACGGAGCUGUGUGUCAGCACGGUGGUCAGUCGGCUGGACGGGAUCUACACGGUGCGGGGAUGCGCGGGUCAGGUGCCCGAGUGCUCCGCCAAUGAUCCCUACUGUGUGCGCUGCAAUGGAAGCCUGUGCAACGAUGCACCUACCCUCUGGCGGCAAACGCAACUGGAUUUGGUUACGGCUAGGGAUAUCUUGCCGGAUAACUGGUGGUCACUGCUGCAGUACUGGUGGUCUAGGAAACUGCGAUAA